AUGAGAGCCCUGCACUCGUUCCCGGUCGGUGCCUUCCUGACCCUGCUGCUCUGCCUCCCCAGCCCCGGUCACGGAGAGUCCUACUUUGGGGCCAGCCACUGCAGUUUACAAGUCAUCCAAGAUGUCUCCACUUUCCAACUGUCACUGCAUAUUAAGACAAGUCGGAGGAGUGGGCUACUGCUCCUGGCUGCAGGGAUGGAGGACUACCUAUUUGUUGAGCUGCAAAACGGGAAAAUACAGGCACGGAUGAACUCAGGCUCUGGUGAGGUGACGCUGUCCUCAUCCCAAGGAGUACAGCUGAACAACCUCCUGGACCACAAAAUCGCACUGACCCUGCAAGAUGGCAAACUCACCAUGAUAAUUGAUGAUCUCUAUCCAACAUAUGUUCCUGUGAACGACGAUGGGGAACUACUAAAUAUUGACAUGGGCCUUUGGCUUGGAGGCACAGGAGACCUGGAUGCUCCCUACCUCACCAAUGCCAUUCCCCCUUUCCGGGGAUGCAUGACCGAGGUUAAAUUUGAGUCUCAUCAGUUUGAUAUUCUCAGCACAGCCUUUAAACAAUGCCAAGACACAAAGGAGUCCUGCAGCAGUGAGUUUGAGGCUGGUGAUGGCGAGGCAACAAGUUUCAGCACUCCUGAUUCCUUUGUUUCUUUCCCCACCUGGAGCGGGGCUAGUGGCGCUCCAAGGGUCUUGGAGUUCCUAAUGAAAACCACCAUUGAGGAUGCGUUACUUGUUUUCCACCCUGGCAGAGACUCAGACUUCAUUGCUAUUGCUGUGAUGAAAGGUUAUCUCAAAGGUGUCCUGGACCUCGGCAGUGGCAUGAAGGUACUGGAGAAUACCGAGGUGCAGCUGGAUGAUGACCAGUGGCAUAGAGUUAAGGUUCAGAUCAGUCAGGAUUCUUUUGUUAUUAAUGUAGAUAGCCAGCCUUCCUCCCUCCCACUUGACUCAUCAGAAAAACUGGACUUAGCAGGAAACCUAUAUUUAGGAGGAAUCCAGGGGAAAAUGAAGGAAGUCUUUCGUGAAAGUGGGUCCUUGAAUAGGGCAGAAGAGGAAAUGACAGCUGAGUCCUUCAUUGGUUGUUUGGGCGAAAUCAAAGUAAAUCAGAAGGAUCGAAGCCUACAAGAUGCUUUGGUGACGAAAGAUGUUCACGUUAAAUGUGAAGGAGACGACUACGACUACUCAAGUUAUUAUGAUGUAGACGCAACUACAACUCCCCCUGUCCGCAUCCGAUAUGUCGACAUGGACGAAACUGGACAACACUGCUACCCAACUGAUGAAACCCCAGAGAUAUUCAGAAAUGUAACCAAACUUCUUGAUGUCACACCAUUGCUUGUUCCGGAAGGUGGAGAAGUUUUUCUUGAUAUCAACAACCUAAGCCCUACAUUUGACCUCAGUGUUGCAGGGAUGCGUCAGUCAGACAUUAUCUUUACCCUCCAAAAUGAUCCAUGGUAUGGCCUGGUUGAUAUGGACCUCAACACAAAACACACACAAAAGUUCACUCUACUGGAUGUUGUUAAUAAGAAAAUUAAGUACAUGCAUGAUGGAAAUGAUAGGUAUGCAGAUCAAAUCCAAAUAGAGGUGGUUACUCACAGUGAUGGUUACCUUCCAGAAUGUCUAAAGACUCCCAGAGAUUAUGUCCUCCCAGUUGAGAUACUUCCUGUCAAUGAUAUACCACAACUAAGUGGAGGAGAAAUCACAAUCACUGAAAAUGGCAGGACUCGUCUGAGCCCUAGCCUUAUCAGAAUUGUGGAUUCUGACACCCGGUGUGACCAAUUAGUAGUAACUGUAACCUCAGAGCCGUCCAUGGAGGUUGGUUACCUUGAAAAUGGUCAAAGGCCAGGAAGAAGCAUCUCAGAAUUCACAUGCAGAGAAUUGAAAGAUGGACAUAUUUAUUUUGUACAUAGAGAGGGUAGUUCUGCUGGAAUAACAUUGGAAGUAUCUGAUGGACAGUCAGUAAGCCAGUCAACUACUUUAAAGUUGUCCGUAACACAGCCACAUAUGACAAUUGUUACCAACACUGGCCUUCUCUUGCCUCAAGGAAGCAACUCGUCCAUAGGUAUUGAAACUCUGGCUGUUAUCGCUCAUCCUCGUAACGGAGAUAUCAUGUAUAACAUUACACAACCUCUGCUAUUUGGAGAACUACACAUUAUGACAAGUGAUGGACUGUACAAGCAGGUAACAGCUUUCCAUCAGUCUGAUCUGGAUCAAAACCGCAUAAGGUACGUCAGCACAGACUCAAGUGACCAGGAGGAUAUUGUUGUGGAGCGAAUUCAGUUUGACACCCAUUUGGGGAAGUUCUCCCUCUGGAACAACACCUUCUUAGUAAAGAUCAUGCCUGCGCAAGUUAAAGUUUCUGUCCUGGUUCCCUUGGAAAUGGAGGCUGGUGAGGAGCAAACAAUUGGCCUCACAGAGCUUCAGGCUGUAGUGAAAGAGAAAAACCCAGAUCCACAAACUGUAAAAUACAUCCUUGUCAAGCCGCCAACACUAGGAAGUCUCCUGAUGUCAGAUAAAGAGCUAGCUGAGGGUGAUAUGUUUACCCAGAAGGACAUUAUUGACAAUACUAUUAGCUACAGGGUCCGAGUGCAAAGAGCUGCAGAUAGUCUUGACCAAUUUCAGUUUAGAGUUUUGGUUGAGGACCAAUAUUCUCCUCUGUACACCUUCCCAAUCAAUAUCCUUGCCAAUGCAGAUGCCCCUGUUCUGACCAAUGAGAUGCUAGUUGUCUUGCAGGGUGCUGAGGAAACUCUGAACAAAAACUAUCUUUGGAUGCAGUCACAGACCUCGACGGAUUUUGUUUACCGUGUCUUACAAGGGCCAAAGAAUGGACGACUGAUAAGGGACUCCCCUGAAGACCAGCCUAGAUUUGAGGGGGCAAUCAGAGUUUUCAGUAAUGAAGACCUAAAACUUGACAGGCUUAUUUACAAGCACGAUGGCUCCAGGACAAGCACUGAUGAGUUCCAUUUCUCAGCAUUUGAUCAAGGAGCAGAAAACUCUGAAAAUCAGGAGGCAGUCAGUGGUGUUUUCAGAUUAUCAAUUCAAACCAAGAACGAGCACGUUCCUGUGAGGGUCGUGGAUAAAGUCUUCAACGUGGUCCGCUAUGGUCAGCAUCUGCUAACAACAGAUGUGAUCCAGUUCAAGGACGAUGACUCCGGUUUCAAUGACACCCAAAUUGUCUACGCUCGUGAGGGAAUCCUAUCAGGCAAUAUCGUUUCAGCGUCCAACCCAUCACAGCCUCUUUUCCGUUUCACCCAAGCUGACCUGCGAGACAAAAAGAUUCUUUUCAUCCACCGUGGAGCCGAUCGAGAACGCUUCUCACUCCAGGUGUCAGACGGCUACCACAAGACCACUGCGCUCCUAGAGAUCGAGGCUGGUGAGGCCUACCUACGAGUUGUGAACAACGCAAUCAUAGUCAUCGACCAUGGAAGCACCAAGACCCUUAACACCUCGCUGCUGAGCGCUGACACCAACGUGGACGUCAGAGAUGACAGCGAGAUCAAGUUCCAGAUUACAUCCCCACCAAGUGAUGGCAAAAUUAUUGUGAGUGGGAUUGAGGCCUCUACGUUCUCCCAGGAAGACCUAAAAAAAGGAGUUGUGUCAUAUGAGCAUAAUUAUGAGAGUCGGAGGUCCAAGGACUCUUUCAGCUUUAGGGUCCAAGCCCAUGGUUACUCUGAAGACGGUACCUUCAGGAUUAAAAUAUUCAAGCAAGGUUACAGAUCUGAGCCUGAGGUGAUAACUAAUGAGGUCAUCAUUUCCUAUGAGGGAGAGCACACCAUCAUCACCCCGGAUCAUCUCAAGGUGGAGCAAGCAGAUAUUCUCCCAACAGAAAUGGUGUUCACCAUUAAAGAACUUCCACGGUUCGGUCAUGUGGUCAAGCUGACAAACAGUUCAGACAGCGCAGCCUCGCCUGUCCUCAACUACAUCCACACCUUCAGUCAAGAGGACAUUGAUCAGGGACGCAUCCUCUAUGUGUCUGCGUCCAUUCAGGGCAAUGACGCCUUCACAGUGGACGUCAGCAACGGUUUCACCACAGUGGAGGACUUACAGAUCUCUGUGAACAUCGUCCCCCGGCUCAUCCCCAUCCAGACCUUCAACUUCACUGUGAAGGAAGGCCUCAGCAGGGUCAUUAAUGCAGAGAUCAUAAACAUCUCUCAUCCCUUCUACAGCUCAGAAAACAUAGAUUUUGUGGUGGAAGAGCCGCCACAGCAUGGGGACAUCCGCUACCUUGAUGGAGACGAACUCUCUUACUUCACAUGGGAGGAGGUGAAACUUGGACACAUCUACUACAUGCAUGACAGCACCGAGAGCACAGAGGACAGUUUUACACUCUCUGCCUCCAUUUAUGAGAUUGAGCGCCGCAGCCUCCCUGUCACCAUCUCAGUGACUGUCAUACCAGUCAACGACGAGCCGCCAAAGCUGACGCGGAACACCGGCCUGGAGGUUCUUGCUGGGGAGGAAGCUGACAUCACCUCCAGCAUGCUGAACACCGAGGACGCCGACACCCCUGCCGAGAAACUGGUUUACCACGUCGAGAUGCCAACCAACGGGAUGGUGGCACUGAAAGAGGCGCCCGAGGAAGGCAUUCUGAAUUUCACUCAAGCCAACAUAAACAAUGGGGAGAUCAUCUUCACCCAUGAAAGUGAGGAGUCUGGUGGUUUCGGUUUCACCGUGACAGACGGCGAGCACACUUCUCCUCUCUAUCAAUUUGUCAUCACAGCCAGGCCUCUCACCAUCACCAUGGUAACGCAAGAGGAGCUCAUGGUGUUCCCAGGAACAAGGCAGCCCAUCACAAGCGCCAACCUGGGGGCCGUGACCAAUGAGGAUGGAAACGAGAUCAGCUACUCUCUUAUCCGCCCACCUCGUUUGGGACGACUCAUCCUGGCUAACGACAGGAACCAGUAUGAAGAAAUUACCCGCUUCUCACAAACUCAGCUGGAGUCAGGAGCAGUCUUCUACGAGCACCAGAUACCCGAGGAGGCUUUUUGGGUGGUGAGGGACUCCGUAGAGCUCACCCUGUCGUCCCAACCAGCUCCAGAUGUCCGACACAUCCUGCCCAUCACCGUCUCCUACUACGCUGCUCACAGCAACAUCUCAUCACAGCUGUGGAAGAACGAAGGUCUGGAAAUUGUGCAGGGCCAGAGGAAAACCAUUGAUGAUUCCAUUCUUGAUGCAUCAAACCUUAUGGCAAGCGUACCUGAGGCCAGUCAAGAUGAUAUGGAUGUGGUUUAUGAGAUUAAGCGUUUUCCUGACCACGGUCGUAUCACCCUGGGUGGUCAGGACCUGCCCCGUAAUGCCCCCUCCUUCAUGCAGGAAGACGUGAAUCAAGGAAAGCUGGAGUAUGUGCAUGAUGACUCAGGAGCCUCCUCUGACAGCUUCUCUUUCAGGGCCCGUCUAAAGUCUGAGGGUCAAGGUGUGGCCUCGCCUGCAGAGUCUGUGGUCCUGGAGGAGAUAUUUAUCAUCUCAAUCAAACGGCGAGGCUCUGACCCUCCCGAAUUAGUUACGACAGACAUGCUCUUGGAGGUCCUUCAAGGCUCCAUGACCAUCUUGACCCAGAGGCAGCUCAACACUCAGGACGAGGACAGUCCACCAGAUGAGGUGCACUUCAAGGUGACCAAAGCUCCUAGCAACGGUCGACUGGUUGACUCUCUCACAAUGGACCCCAUCGCUGACUUCACACAAGAGAUGGUCAAUCGUGGGCAGGUGGGCUUCUUCAGUGACGGCAGCCUUGAAGAUGGCUUUGCGGAAUUCAUUGUGUCAGACGGCGAACACCAAACGGAACCACACACCCUCCACAUUGGCAUCCUCGCUCGCACUUUGUAUCUCGACAAAGCUCCUGAGAUCAAGGUGAAACAAGGUGAUGAUGAGACCCUGGUGACUGAGGAGAUGUUGAAGGCCACUACCGGGGGCCCUGUUGAGGAGGACAUCCUUUACAAGAUCACAAGUGUUCCCAAGUAUGCAUCUGUCAUGGUUGACCGGCAGCCAACGUCAGCCUUCACCCAGAAACAGAUCAAAGAAGGCAGAGUCAGCGUCCGAUUUGUUAAGUCCACUUCACCUCGAGAUAGCGUUGCAUUUGUGGCUCGGAGUCGGGCGGCUAACGUCUCCUCUGUCCUCAACAUCACAGUCCAGCCUCUGGCCAACAUCGCUCAGAAUCCUGUCUUACCCCAGGGUACUCUUGUCCAACUGGACAGGAAACUUCUGGACGCAUCGCCGCUUGCAAACAAGACCAGAGCGUCCCCCACGUUCACUGUCAUCCAACAGCCACGGGGGGCUCGUUUUGUGAGGUCUGGAGGCGCCGGUGAAGGUCAGCCAGUGGACACAUUUAGCCAGAGGGACUUGGAUGAAGGCCUUGUAGCCAUGGAAAUCCUAAAUCAUACAUCUGGACCAGAAGGUGGUGUUGGUCAGGAUGAGGCACGCUUCCUGCUCAAAGCCCAUGGGGUGCCUCCUGCUGAAUGUGUGCUUUCCUUUAAGACAGGCCCCUACAAUGCUUCUGGAGUCUACCCUGUCACUCUGUUGAGGACUCCCUCAGAAGCCCCCUCUGCAACUCCAACUAGCCCCCCCUGGAGGAGCAGCAUGGACUGGCCCAAUGGAAAUCCCACCACAACAGCACCUUCCAGCUCUAGCCCCAACGGAAGACCACAUGUCUACCGAAGGAGCAACUUCUGGUCUAUUCUCAUUCCCAUCCUGGUAAUCCUCCUCCUUUUGCUGCUGGCAGCCAUCUUGGCCUACUACUUGAUCCGUAAAAACAAGACAGGCAAGCACAACGUCCAGACGGCAGCUUCCAAACCCAAAAAUGGAGAGGUGGCCAGCACGGAGACCUUUCGCAAAACUGAUCCAGCCAAUAACAUCCCCAUGUCCAACAUGGACGCCAAAGACGCAGACCCGGAGUUGUUGCAGCACUGUCGGACAACAAACCCGACCCUGAAAAAGAACCAGUACUGGGUUUGAGACGCUUUGAGAUACAGUAGCACACAGAGAGGUGGAUUCUCGAGUGUUUGGAAGCCUUCUCAAACCAUUCCUUUCACUAUUAAAAACCUCUUGCCACAGCGUUUUCAAUGAAAAUUAUUUUUGACACCGUUGGUCAUUUACUUCUCUCAACACAACUGUGGACAAAUUCUCAGGCAAUGAAACACUGAAUACCUAUUGGCAAAGAAAGAGGCAGUUUCUCAUCGUACAAGGUUCCUGCCAUGUCUAUUUAUUUUAGUUUUAUCAUUCCUCUUUGUCGUAGGGCACAGAUGAAGACAUAAACAUGCCAUGUGUUUGCAAAAAGUAUUUCUGUGCUCUUUCAUUGUAUUCCAUAUGAUAUCAUUGACCAACAUUAUUCGAUUGAGUGAAAAGGUAACUUAAAGUCUUGGUAAUAGUUUGAUUUUACUUUUUAAUUGAUCAGCGGAGUGGAUAAGCGUGUACAUAGAUGAUGAGGUACAUAGAUUGCUGUAUUAUCAAUAAGAUGACAAACUGCCUCUUAGUGUUGAGUAGAUCUUUAUUUUUUUGUGUUUUAAAGGUACCAUUGUAUGUUGUUUCUCAGGGCUAAAUUCAGUUUAAAGAAGCAGUUUGAUAUUUGGUUAAAUGCACUUGUUCACUUUCUUGCCAUGAGUUAGAUGAGAGGUUUGAUACCACUUUGGCAUGUCCGUCAAAUCUGAAGCUACAGGCAGGAGAAGUGUCCAUCUUUUAAUCUAACUCUCAACAAGAAAACCAACAAUUGUUUUUCCUUCAAAUGUCAAUCCAAACUUUAAUGUCAUCACACAUUAACAUUUCAAUAGUUUGAAUUUUGUGUGAAAAUCAAAUGCUAUAAUAUUACGAAAUCGGAAAAAUUUACUACGGUUUAGAUGAAUUUAGCUCAGAGUCAUACAUUUUAAUGCUUUUGCUUGUUUCCAAAGUGCUUGUAAAUGUUCACUGGACUGGCACAGCACUGACAACACAACUACAAAGUCCACAGUUUGUUGACCAAAGUUACUUUGGUGGUAGUUUUCUACCAAAAUACACGCCCGUAUUUGGCCGACAGUCACGGGUGAGGUCAUCUUAAACUGGAAACAUUCCAGUUUAAGAUUCUGUAAUUAAGAAAUCAUAACUAUGAUUGGCUGGUGCUGGUGCAUUCCAUAUGUAAGCUGAAUUUACAGACGGUCCUGUAUUGAAAUUGUGAGAUGUUUCUAACUCCUUUGACUUGUUAUGUAUAUUGAGCUUUACUGUAAUUGAGACUAGAUGUCUUUCCAUUUCACUCUGACCCGUCAUGCUUAACUUAUGUUGAAUAAGUUGAAUGAAUUACUUAAGCUAACGUAGAAAGGGUACAAGGAGAAAUUCAGAAAAACUUCUUUGAUCCACUAAAGAAAAGAUAGUUUCUUCUUAUUAUUUUUUGUUAGCGUCUUACUAUUUGCUGUAUAUUUCCUUUUCUCAUACUGUAUACCGAUGACACCUUAUUCUUCAUUAGUCUUAUACUGAAUAUACAAUUAUUUCUAUGCAGUACUAUCAUCUAUUGAAUUUCUAUUUUUCUAGUGUUGUGAGAGCAAGAUAUGUAGGUAGAUAUUUUACAGAGUGCAGACAGUGAUGUGUUUCAGGAGACUGGCUAUUUCAAGUGACACGAUCUCGUACUGAAAUAAAACAACAGGUCUCUCGGUCAUCCACAUUAUACCAGUUUUAUGUGUAAAUAUUCAGCUCUUCGACAUCAUGUUACUACAUUUAAUCAGAUUGAGCAACUACAGCAUAUGUGUGAGAAAGAGCUAGAGCGAGAAGGUCCAGGUAUUACCAUGUUGUGGGGACCUUAAUCUGUUUACACAGUCUCAUUAUGGGGACUUGUCCUCUUUAUGGGGACAAAAAACAAGUCCACAAAAUGCAAAUCAAUACAUUUCAUGGUAAAGACAUGUUUUAGGGUUAGGUUAGGCGUAGGCAGGUAGUAACCAUGAUUACCCAUUGAGUGAUUCUCUGGGAAGUCAAUGUAAGUCAACGUAGUGCGUGUGUGUGUGCCCAUCUCACUCAUCUGUUUACUGCUUACUGAGUUAUUUGCUGAUUUUCAUCACCACUUUUUCAUUAUUUAUUAUUUCUGUCACUCCACACACAUCUCCUCAUAUUCACUCUGUCAGAGAGUGAACUGUAAUCUGUACACUGCAGGUGCCUUUGAGAAUAGUGGUAACACAAAACAAUCUUUGGACUCUGAUAAUAGAACAUAACUGACUAUUGAAGCUGCAGUUUGCCUUUGAGCUUGUUCUCAGCACUAAUGGAAAUAAAA